AAACUCUGUGGAAGCAUGCUGACCGUUAUCUGUCUGCAGGAACAAACCUAUGCAACCUUGCUUACGUAAGGAUACUUUGGCAAUCGAGUUUAGCCCAUUUGGGCCUGUGGAGACCUGCUAAUAUGGAGGUUUAUAUGCUUAUAGCGUCAUCUAAAUCGGACGCGCCGAAUUUUUUGUAGUGGGGCUUCGAAAGUUUGAUGAGGUUUUCUUCCAGCUUGUCUCAAUUAAUUGCGUUGGAAAAGCAGUAGCACCGUUGUGUUUAGCGGCUGAUGUGUUUCUAGUGCCUCCUUCUGUUCAUGACAUUGCUGGCAUCUUUCCUUGGCACAGAAUAUUAUCUGAUUCGUCGGAGUGUCGUGCUAUUCGUUUAUCUUUGCAAUCACUGUUCUGUAAACGGAAUGCAGCUUUUCCCGAUGCUGUGUAUUCCGACGUGCUUUCCUCGAAGUUGCGAUUCGCAGGUGUCAGCUCCUGAAUUUCUGUGGGCUUGCAUCUCGGCACUCAUUGGCAGUUUCAUCUUCCUCUCUUCGGUCUCCGCGUGUGCACCCGGUUAUGCGGUUUGCAUUCUCACUGUGUUCUGCCAGCCUGAAAUUGUCUCUGUUGCCCCCGCGAUACCACGGGCCCUCCUAUUUGUGAGCCUGUCCAGCUUAAAGCAUUCUCCGGAAGUCAAUGUCUCGUGGCAUGUUAUCAAAUUUGGAGGUGGAUUUAACAAAUUCAUGCCAUCACCCCACGAGUAAUCAGCUCGUUCUAGAUACCUGACCGUAUGGAUACCUCUCGCGCUGUCAUUGAUAACCAGAUCAUUCGGAUUACGCACGGAUGGGGGAUGGGAUAUUCUUUUAGACUUAUAUGGCCCUUUACUAGGGGGUGGUGGACAUGAGGAAGGAACUCGAGAAGGGGAAUUCAAGGUCUCAUGAUUUACGGCGUUGAGUCUAAAUGCUAGUUCCGUCUUUAGCGGUUACUACAGCAGUGGACGCAC